ACUUUCCGCUCGGUAGAGAAACGGAGCCAGAAGUCACGUGUUUUCAAACUCACAUUCCACUUCCUGCCCCCAGAGCGAUACCAGCAAGACAAGCUACUCACUCCUAAUGAGAUUCUUCAGUUCAUGGAGCAGAAGUUCUUUCGCAUGCUAUUGGAGGCCAUUAAGAAGCUGAGUGCUAAACUGGCGGCUGUCAAUGUGGUGGAUACGCGCAAAGCCAUGGCGAGUGACAAUGAUCGAGAUGCCGGUGCCAUUGCACACAAAGAGGAUGAUGCCGAUGAGGAAACAGAAAACAACAGGAUUGUGGAUGAUGAGGCGAAUGAAGGUGAUACUGAUGCCACAGAUUCCAGGAGAAAAGAAAAACAAGAAGAGGAGGUAUCAGAAUUCACCCUAUGUCUAAAUAUAUAUUCAUGUUCUUAUUGUGCACAAUUCUUUUGAGCGGGCAUGUACUUCUGUGUCAUAAUCGUGACCUUUUCUGAACAAGCCAUUUUGCUGCUUCGUUUCAGUAAAUGCUCUGCUUGUUCUGCGGAGCAGAAUUGAGUGCUGAAUGUUACAU